AUAGUCAAGUUUCGCACCUUUUGCGGUACACUGAGAUUGCCGUUCGCCCGCUCUUGUAUAUUUCAAAAGCGGUCACACUGGUCUACAACGUGUUUACAAAACGUUGUUUAGUUAAUUUACCGCGAAUAACACAAAAUGGUUGAACUGGAGGGCUAUGUAGUGGUGCCGCUACGCACAUCGCCCAAGGCGCAACAUUGCCACAGCGUCUACAUGCGGGAGCACUUCAUCCGGCUGAUGGAUCCCAACAAACCCAAGGGACGCACACUCUUCCUGGUCAACGUGCCGCCCUACGUGACGGAGGACAGCCUGCGCACGGUCUUCGGCCGGGCGGGAAGCAUCGAGACUGUGGAGUUCGCCGCCAAGCCGGGCAAGGAGGAGACCAUCAAGUGGUACGAGGGCACCGGCGAACCCUUCUCCACCACUCGUCCGCCCUUCGCCUUCAAGGUGGCCUACAUAGUGUACGAGAAGAGCAGCAGCAUCGGCAAGGCCUUGGCGCUGCAGAGCAUCGACCUCUUCAACAGCAGCGGCGAGUGCAUCGUCAAGACCGGCAUGGAGCUGUGGCACGAGGAGUACGAGACAAAGUACAUCCUGGAUGCGCGGAAAACGAAGCUGCAAAUCAGCAAGUACAUGGCCGGCUACGACAAGAGGGAGCGGGCGGCGGCGGAGGCGGCCAAGACCGGAGAGGCCGACGCCGACGGAUGGGUCACCGUGGGCAAGGAGGGCCGCAACGCCGGCUUCGAGCAGAAGGCGUCUGUGAUUGGACGCCUGGAAGAGAAGGUGGCCAAGGGUAACAAGACCAAGGAGCUGAAGAACUUCUACACCUUCCAAAUACGCGAGAGCAAGAUGCAGAACAUCGUCGAGAUGCGCAAGAAGUUCGAGGAGGACAAGCGAAAGAUCGAGCUGCUCAAGCAGUCGCGCCGCUUCAAACCGUUUUAGUCCGUACGCAUAGGUUAAGCAUCGAAUAAAACUUCUUUACGACACCAGAA